GGGGAGCCGGUGGAGAUCCAGCCCUUCAACACGCUGCUCUCUUACGUCCCGUCCGUGAGCAGUGAGCUGGCGGCGGCGGAGAUUUCUCCUUCUGGUCGGAUCGUAUCUUUUUCUCCAACUGAGCUCUUUCCAGUGUUUUACGCGCUUGACAGAUAUCGGAGUAGUAAAGUCGGCGCUUUGGUGCUCAGUCGCUCGCAAAUCUGUAUGUCCUUGCGCAGUGCCUCCGUGGCAAUGGAUUGAUUUCAGUGUUUUUUCUCCGACCUCUGCCUCGGCCAAGUUGAGAAAACAGUCUCUCUAACCUGCGGCUCGGUCUUUCCAGCUACAUGUUUCAUCCGGCCAGUUUUAAAAGUACCUGGCUCCGGAUGUUUCUGCACAUUUUAGGACUUUGAACUUUUCCCCCCCUUGUGCAUUUACAGGAGGUGGCCCGGGGAUUUUAAGGAUUUCUUUUUUUAAAAGCUUCUCCGGGGUUCCUGAAGCCUGCAAAGAUUUAUUUGUGAAAAGUGAUGGCCGAGCGGGGAGCUCUGUCGCUCCUCUCUCUCCUCUGUCUCACCUUUCUCUACACAGAGACCACCGCGGCAAAGCAUGUCGACAAAGGUUCAGCAGCACAGCCCUUCAGCCCCUUCUGGUUCACAGUGGAGCCCCAAGACACACUGGCCAUUCGGGGCAACUCGGCGCUGCUCAACUGCUCGACCCACAGCGACGCAGCUGCGACGGUACGCAUAGAGUGGAAGAAAGAUGGCACCUUCAUGAGCCUGGUUUCAGAUGAAAGACGACACAUACUUCCUGAUGGCUCGCUAUUCUUCACCCAUGUGGUCCACUCUAAGCACAAUAAGCCUGACGAGGGCACUUAUCAGUGCGUUGCAACUAUUGACAACUUGGGAUCCAUUUCCAGCCGCACAGCGCGUCUCUCCGUAGCAGGGAUGCCCAGGUUUGCCAACCAGCCAUCGCCGACCACUGUGCAUCUAGGGAACAGCCAGGUGAUGGCAUGUGAGGUCAAUUCGGAUCUGGUGCCCUUCACCCGGUGGGAGAAAGACCGCCAGCCGUUGGAGCUGAGCACCAGGCUGGUCCAGCUGCCCAGCGGAGCCCUGGUGAUCAGCAACGCUUCAGAUGCAGAUGCUGGCCUUUACCGCUGUCUGGUGGAAAAUGUGGGAUCGUCCAAGUCCAGCGACGAGGCCCAGCUGCAGAUUCUGCCAGAAACUGGAGAAGAGAGGAAGCUGGAGUUCCUGGUGCAGCCUGUAUCUGUGACCAAGGUGGUGGGCGCCAGCGUCCUGCUACCCUGCGUAGUCACUGGUUACCCUGCGCCGCAUGUACGUUGGAUGUUUGGAGACAAGCUGCUAGAAGAAAGUGAGGGUCGUCUGGAGAUGCUGGGGGGAGGCAUUCUCCAGAUAUCCAAUCUCACAGAGGAGGAUGCCGGCAUCUACACCUGCAUGGCGGACAAUGCCAACACAACCAUUGAAGCCCAGGCUGAACUCACCUUACAAGUUCCUCCCCAGUUUGUCAGUCGGCCAGCCAACAUUUAUGCACAUGAGUCCAUGGACAUCGUCUUUAAGUGUGAGGUCUCAGGAUCACCAGCUCCCACUGUCAAAUGGGUCAAGAAUGGAGAUGCCGUCAUCCCCAGUGACUACUUCAAACUAAUUAAGGAGCACAACCUGCAGGUUCUGGGUCUGGUCAAGUCAGAUGAGGGUUUCUACCAGUGCCUUGCAGAAAACGAUGCAGGCAACAUCCAGUCCAGCGCUCAGCUCAUCAUCUUAGAUCACGGCGUAGCCCUGCCCUCUUUCCCUCCCCCCUCACUGACUCCUAACACUACUGACCAUGUAACGCCAGGCUCCGGAGGUGUAGGGAGUCCAGCAGGGCCCACCCCCUCUCCCCCCCGAGACGUCGUGGCUUCGCUGGUCUCCACCCGCUUCAUCAAGCUGACCUGGCGCCCGCCAGCCGAACCAAAUGGAGACGAGUUGACCUACUCCGUUUUCUACAGCCAGGAAGGCACUACCAGGGAGAGAGUAGUGAAUACCAGCCGUCCAGGGGAGAUGCAGGUCACCAUCCAGAACCUCAUGCCAGACACCAAAUAUCGCUUCAGGGUUGUGGCCCACAACAGCAACGGCCAGGGUGAGAGCUCUGCAGCUCUCAAAGUGGCCACCCAGGCUGAAGUCCAAGUGCCAGGCCCUGCUCCUAACCUGCAGGCGGUGUCGAACACGCCAUCAUCUGUCUCUCUGAGCUGGGACAAACCCCUUACUGGCAACGGAGAGAUCCUCACCUACAAGUUGUACUACACAGACAAAAGCGUUGGCAACGAACAGGACGUUGACAUAGACAAUCAGUCCUACACCAUGACAGGGCUGAAGAAAAACACAGAGUACAGUUUCCGUGUGGUGGCCAACAACAAGCACGGUCCAGGUGUCUCCACCGAGGAUAUUGUUGUUCGCACCCUGUCUGAUGUACCAAGUGCCCCUCCUCAAAACCUCACUCUGGAAGUCCAGAACUCAAAGAGCAUCAUGCUUCGGUGGCAGCCCCCACCCCUUAACGGGCAGAAUGGGGAGAUCACCGGCUACAAGAUCCGAUACCGGAAAGGAUCCCGGAGGAGCGAAGCAGCCGAGACCACUGGAGGCACCCAGCUUUACAAGCUCAUUGACGCUCUGGAACGUGGGACAGAAUACGCCUUCCGGGUGUCGGCCAUGACGGUGAACGGCACGGGACCGGCCACCGAGUGGACUGUUGCAGAGACGUUUGAGAGCGACCUGGAUGAAUCCCGUGUACCAGACCAGCCCAGCUCCCUCCACGUCCGGCCACUGGUCAACAGCAUCGUGGUGAGCUGGACGCCGCCAGAGAACCAGGACAUCGUGGUGCGCGGUUACACCAUCGGCUAUGGCAUCGGUAGUCCCCAUGCUCAGACCAUCAAAGUGGACUACAAGCAACGCUACUACACUAUUGAGAACCUGGACCCCAGCUCCCACUAUGUGAUCACACUGAAGGCCUUCAAUAACGUGGGUGAGGGGAUUCCUGUGUAUGAGAGCGCCAUCACCAGACCACAGUCAGACCCCAUAGACCCCGAUGUUGACCUGUACGAACUCUUCCAUGCUCCAUACACCCCAGUACCAGACCCCUCUCCCAUGAUGCCACCUGUGGGUGUUCAGGCCUCCGUGCUGAGCCACGACACCAUCAAGGUGACCUGGGCUGACAAUUCGCUGCCCAAGAACCAAAAGAUCACAGAUAACCGCUUCUACACGGUACGCUGGAAGACCAACAUCCCUGCAAACACUAAAGUAAAGAUGGCCAACACCACGAGCCUGAACCACAUGGUGACGGGUCUGAAGCCCAACACACUGUACGAGUUCUCUGUUAUGGUGACAAAAGGCCGCCGCACAAGCACGUGGAGCAUGACUGCACAGGGCACCACCUUUGAGACCAUUCCCAGCUCCUCCCCGAAAGAUGUGACUGUGGUGAGCAAAGAGAACAAACCUCGCACCAUAAUUGUCAACUGGCAGCCUCCCUCUGAGGCCAAUGGAAAGAUCACUGGCUAUAUCAUCUACUACAGUACAGAUGUAAACGCUGAGGUCCAUGACUGGGUUAUUGAACCAGUGGUGGGCAACCGUCUGACCCACCAGAUCCAGGAGCUAACACUGGACACCACCUACUACUUCAAGAUCCAGGCCCGAAACUCAAAGGGCAUGGGCCCCAUGUCUGAGGCCGUACAUUUCCGCACUCCAAAGACUUCAAAUCUCCCACCGAAGCCAGGACCUCCAGGACACCAUCAUCCACAGGAACCUGGAACUGCAGUUGGUAAAUCAGGUGUGGGAGGCAACAGUGAAAAUCACAUCCUGGUCAUUGUCAUCAUCAUCUCAGUGGGAGCCUUCACCAUCAUUGUGGUGGUGGUGGGUGCCUUCCUGUGCACACGGCGCACCACGUCCCACCAGAAAAAAAAGCGGGCGGCCUCAAAGUCUUCAAACAGCUCCCACAAAUACAAGGGAAACUCCAAAGACCUGAAGCCACCUGAUCUUUGGAUUCACCAUGAGAGGCUAGAACUCAAACCCAUGGACAAGUCGCCAGACCCCAACCCAGUUAUGACUGAAACGCCAAUCCCCCGCACCUCGCAGGAUAUCACGCCGGCUGACAGCGGCCUGGACAACAACCCUCACCUGCAGCAGCGACGUAACUCCUACCGUGGCCACGAAUCAGAGGACAGCAUGUCUACAUUAGCAGGCCGACGAGGGAUGAGGCCUAAAAUGAUGAUGCCUUUUGACGCACAGCCGCCUCAGCCUGUGAUUAGUGCUCACCCCAUCCAUUCCCUUGAUAACCAUCACCACCAUUAUCACAUGGGCAGCCUGGCCUCUCCAACACGCAGCUACCUCUACCACCAGGGCAGCGGGCACCCACGCCCGCAUGCCUGCGCCACCCCCAUCUCCCAUUUAGACAGGGUGGACUCUACAGAGUCGGUGAGGAAUACCUCCAGUUCAGAGCCCCUCCCUGUAGCCACCACUUCCUCCCAGGCCUCUUGCCCCUCGGAGAUCAUGGCCGACCCUGAGGGCAGCUACCACGGCUCCACCACCACAGAGGAGGAGCCCAGCUACUCCAGCAACCUGCCCCCCCACCGCUCGGCCCACCCACACGCCCACGCCCACCCACUCAAGAGCUUCGCAGUACCUGCGAUCCCAGCCACCAGCCAUCCAUCCUAUGAGUCGCCUGCCCUGCCCAGCGCUCCCCUGCUGGCUCAGACUCACCCCCACGUUGUUAAAACAGCCUCUAUUGGAACACUAGGACGGACACGAACGCCGAUGAUAGUCACUGUGCCCAACGCUCCUGAUGUGCCAGAGACCAGCAAGAUGCUGGAAGAUGUAGACAGCAGCUACGAGCCCGAUGAGCUGACCGAGGAGAUGGCCCACCUCGAGGGCCUGAUGAAGGACCUGAAUGCUAUCACCACAGCGCCAUGAGCAUGCACACACACCUUCACACACACGCAGACACACUUUCUCUGUCAUCUACACGUAAAUACAAAAAGACACACACUCGUAAGUCAAACAAACACACACAAACAAAAACCUUGGGAGCCAGAGGCUGGUGGACAAAAAAUGGCUUCUUGUGCCCAAGAACACUCUCACAUCCCCCUGCAGAGAAAAAAAACCCAACUCCAGACUGAAACUUAAGAACUUUUUCCGGCUUACCUUGCUCAGUCUCAGGAAGGAGAUUGCCAUGAGAGGGAAGAAAAAAGUGACACGCUUCAUCUUUUUAUGAAGAACCAUUCUCAGAGACAAUGAACUUUUAAAACAUUGGUUGCUUUCAACCGGAAGAUUGUGAAUUGUUUCCUCAGCAAAAAUACGUACGGUAGGUUUUUUGUUGCGAACGCUCAGUCAAGAUGAGACAACGGUUGAUUCAAUGUCAAGUCAAAAGGAGAAAGUCCAAAAAAUAUGCUGGUUUUUGAUGUUGGUGCUCAUGCGGCGCAGUCUACACACAGUGUUUGUUUGAUUAGUGUUUUCUUUGUGCAUUUUGUAUAUCUAUUGGGCCGUUUCAGUGAAGUGAACAUUGGAUAUCAGCCCCCCCUUUACAAGUCUUCAUUAUUCAUAAAUGUGGUCGUUUUGUUUUUAAACCCCUUGUCCAUAUAUUGUGCCAUGACUUUUAUUAUUUUCUAUGUUAUUCUAUUUUUUUUUACACACAUAUCCUUAUAAACAUGUACAUAUGUUGUUUGUUUUUUUUUAAACUGCCUCAUUCUUUUGAUGUUUCCCGUAUUUCAUUAUUAUUAUUUGGGAUGAAAGUGGGAUUACAAAUAAGUCCUGAAACUCAGUUUUCAUAUCAAAAGGGGAGAGGAGCCGGAUUUGUUUUACACUACAUUCUUCUCUGGCAUUGUGUUGCCCGCUUUGUACAUUAAAAUGUCUUUUCCAGUCUUUUGUUUGUUGUGGGAGCUCCGUUUUAAAAGCCUUACCAACAUGUUUGUAUGUUGGACAGUUGAGAUGAAUCUGCUCUCCGAGGAUGUCGCUCGCUGCCAUGGCAGUUUUUAUAAAGUUCUGUGGAACUUGACAGUAUCUCCUCACAAGCCAGGGGUAGCUACCUAGGACUCAGGGUGCUGACCUCCCACUCCUUCUAAAAAUAAAAGAAAAAAUUUUAAAAAAUCCUCACAUGACACCUGAUCAAUCAAUCAAUCACCUGCAACAGACAAGUUAUCUUUUAUACGAGUAGUUCGGUCGGAUGUGUGUGUUGUUUCCAAAAACCAAUAUUUGGUUUCAGAAGUCUGUACUGCUGAACCACGUGUGCAUUUUUCCACAGCGGAGUGGGUUUGCUGUAUUUUCCUGCUGUUCUUCAUCAAAUGCCCUGGUUCUUCUACAAAUCUUAUAAGAUGCAAAGAUGUUGGCCUUUUGAAUGGGACUCCCAGAUUUUUUUUACAUGGUAGUUUUUGUAUGAAGAAAAAAAACGAAGCUUGUUCUAUACACAAAUCCGAUGUUAAAAAAAAAAAGAAAAGGAAAAAAAGUUCAUCUAAGAAACUAGUUUUUCAUUACCCUCUUACCCAAAGAAAUUUGUCAUUUGCAAUCAUAGUAAUUUGCUCUACUUUUGUGAAUACCAUGUUUCCAUAAAUGUACAUCGUCAUGAAUGUCAAUAUAACUGUAAGAGAUUUUAACUAUGGAUACAAACAAGGAACAAGUUUUGUGGGGGAAAAAAUGAUUGAAAAGAAAGGGGUGGGGGGAGAAAAAGGACCGGACUCCAUUUGGGAAAUAAUCUAUUGAGUUGUAAACAGUUGAACCUGUAUUGCACUUUUUCACAAUUUUUGAAAAGUACAUUUCUUACAUAUCUUGUGUUUUAAAUAUCAAAAGCUGUUUGUGUAUCGUAGUGUCCUAGGUAAGCAGCAGGCAGCUGGUCUUGUUUUUUAUGUUUAUUUUUAUUUUUUUGCUUCAGAGAUGAUAUGAAUUUGAGCAGCCGAGUUGUUUACGUCGCAGCUCAUGAUGAGGAAUUCUGUUGUUGCUUGUUCAUGUACAGAGCUUACUUUGCUUUCUGUAGGAAAAAAAAAUCUGUGGCUUUUUAAAAAACGUUGAAAAAAAAAUGUUUGGAAAAAAAGAUGUUUUUUUAUUGGUGCUCCUAUACAUUGUGUAUACAAACUAUUAUGAAUACUAACAAAGUAAAUGUU